CCGGAACAUCGUAUAUGAUAAAUGAUUCAGAAUUAUGUGGUUUUGAAUGAGUAAUGCUUUAUCUCUCUUUCUUAUAUGUCAGUCAGUAUAUCAUUCGAAACUGUAGCAUUAAUACUUUCGUCUGUGAGAUAAUUUUUUCGUAAUACGUUAAUCACAUAAAUAUUGAACUUUUAUAAACAAUAGUAAUAAUAAUAAUAAUAAUAAUAAAUAUGAAAGCGUAACGUCAAUAGUAAAUAAAGUCGGUUUUCCAAAAAAUAUUAAUAAGAAAAAAUAAAAUGACAAACAGUCCAACAACAACCCACAUCAACGUUAGAAUAAAUAGCACCAUUGACGAGACCGAUGUAUCUCUUAAUAAUGAAGACGUUGAAGAAAGACUUUUAAAACCUCGAAAUAAUUUCGCUUCUUACUCGAACGAGGAUAUCAACGUUAGAUUUCGGAAUGUUAUUUAUAAUGGCAUCUCCACGUGCAACAUUAUGGAAAGUCUUUCUAAUCGACAGUCAAGAAGACUUAAUAGUGGAGAUAUAAAACCAGGAGCAACUAAUUUUCUCUCCAUUAAUUAUGAGAGUCUUGAUUAUGAUCCCUGUGAAAACUAUCUUCUUCAAGAUGAAGAAAGAAAAAAGGGCUACAAAUUUGUUGUUAAGAAGAAUUUUGCAAGAUGGUUCAUCUUUUUGUUAAUAGGAAUCUGUACUGCCUUUAUAGCAUGUUUUGUAGAUAUUUCAAUAGAACAAUUAUCAAAUAUAAAAUAUGGAUGUCUAAAAACUUAUGUAGAUCACUGUGUGAUUAAUAAUUGUUUAUGGCUACCAUAUUUAUUAUGGUUAACUUCCAAUCUAAUACCAGUCUUAAUAGGUGCUUUAUUAGUAUCCUAUGUUGAACCUGUUGCAGCUGGUAGUGGCAUUCCACAGGUGAAAUGUUAUUUAAAUGGAAUAAAAGUACCUCGAGUGGUACGAAUUAAAACUUUAGCAGUUAAAAUAAUUGGUGUCAUUUGCACUGUAGUAGGUGGAUUAGCUGGAGGAAAGGAAGGACCAAUGAUACACUCUGGAGCAGUAGUUGCUGCAGGAAUAUCUCAAGGAAAAAGUACAACAUUUAAAAAGGAUUUAGGAAUCUUUAAAUAUUUCAGAGAAGAUCAUGAAAAAAGAGAUUUUGUAUCUGGCGGAGCAGCCAGUGGUGUAUCAGCUGCUUUUGGUGCACCUAUAGGUGGAGUUUUAUUUAGUAUUGAAGAAGGUACUAGCUUCUUUAAUCAAAGUCUUACAUGGAGAACAUUUUUUGCUAGCAUGAUUACUACUUUCACAUUGAACAUUAUUCUUAGCACAUACCAUGGACAUCCUGGUGAUCUUUCUUAUCCAGGUUUAUUAAAUUUGGGAAAAUUUGAUUCAAUACCAUACCAAGUUUAUGAAAUUCCUUUAUUUAUGAUAGUUGGAAUAAUAGGUGGUAUUUUUGGUGCUUUGUGGAAUCACAUAAAUUACAAAAUUACAUGUUUUCGAUUAAAAUAUAUAACGCAAAAAUGGUUGAAAGUAAUAGAAGCUCUUAUAAUUGCAAUAAUGAGUGCAACAAUGGGAUUUUUGAUGAUAUAUUUUCUUGAUGAUUGUAAACCAAUUGGACAAGAUCCUACUAAAUUUCCUAUUCGGAUGUAUUGUAAGGAAGGAGAGUACAGUGCAGUUGCUGCUUUAUGGUUCCAAACACCAGAAAGUAGUGUGCGAUCUUUAUUUCAUGAUCCUAAAGGUUCUCACAACGAUAUAACAUUGGCUAUUUUUAUUAUACUUUAUUUUAUCCUAGCAGUUUUUACAUUUGGAUUAUCUAUGUCUAGUGGACUUUUUAUACCGUCACUUCUAAUUGGUUCUGCCUGGGGUAGACUUAUAGGAUCAGGAUUAUCAAAAAUAUGUCCAGAUAGUACGGUAUUGGAUCCUGGAAAAUAUGCUUUGUUAGGAGCUGCUGCACAAUUAGGUGGAAUUGUUAGAAUGACAAUCAGUUUAACUGCAAUUUUGAUUGAAGCAACUCAAGGGAUAUCUUUCGGUUUGCCUGUAAUAAUAGUUCUUAUUAUGGCAAAAUGGGUAGGCGAUUUCUUUAAUGAGGGCAUUUAUGAUAUUCAUAUACAAAUGGCAGGAGUACCGUUAUUACCCUGGGAGGCACCUCCUUUGUCAAAUAAUAUAUAUGCUAGCGAAAUUAUGAGUCAUCCUGUGGUAACUUUAAAAACUGUUGAAAAUGUAGGACACAUUGUGGAACUUUUAAAAUGUAUUUCAUUUAAUGGAUUUCCUGUAGUAGAUCCUCCAAACAGUGAUCAGAACGAAAUACAUUCUUAUGGUCGAUUUCGCGGACUAGUGCUACGUUCUCAGUUAAUAGCACUUUUACAAAAUAGAGUAUUUAAUGAAUAUGCAGAAUUUUGGGAAUCAACAUUGGAUAUCAAAGUAUUUCGUAAAGAUUAUCCACGAUAUCCAUCUAUCGAACAAGUUCAUAUUACAGAAGAAGAAAAAACAUAUACAAUUGAUUUAAGGCCUAUUAUGAAUCCUUCUCCAUAUACAUUACAACAUUCUGCUACACUGCCACGUGUUUUUAGACUUUUCAGAGCUUUAGGUCUUCGUCAUUUACCUAUUGUAAAUGACACCAAUGAGGUAGUUGGAAUGAUUACACGAAAAGAUGUUGCUAGAUACAGAAUAUGGAAACAUAGAGGUAGAAUGGGAUUGGAUGAACUUUUAAUUACUGACACUAUAUAAAUUGAUGAUAUUGAAGAAAAAUUUUUUAUGUUGAAAGGACGAAAUUAUUGUUGGUCAAAUGCUUAAUAAUAUUUUAGACUGUUAUAAUGAUUUUUAGAAAAAGUACAAAUAUUCCUUUAUGAGGUUAACAUAGUUUAAUUAAAAUGGCACAAUAAGCAAUCUGCAUAUAGUAUAUAAAAAUAUGCGAAUCGCUCAAAAUAUGUAUAUAUAUAUGUGUAUAUAUAUACAUAUAUAUAUAUAUAUAUA